UGUCAAAAGAGCGGAAGUGGGAUGAGUGAAAAAGUGAUAACAAAACUGAAACAAACAUGUGAAGAAAGAAACUACUUUGAUUCAUCUAUUAACAACGUUGUGGAGGAAAACCACUAGUGGAGGUUGUGUCUACAGCUUACCAUCAGAAUGCAGUUUAAUCCAACCCCGGGGCAGAAUAACAUUGGGUACCCCCAGCAGGUCCCACAGAAUAACAUAGGGUACCCCCGACAGGUCCCAACCAGGCAGGGAGGGGGCAUUCCAGCCCCCCAUCAAUCAAAUUGUCAGAGAUCCAGUGGACAUGGAACUGUCUUUUCCCACAAUGCCUUGGCUCCACCAGGAAUAGGAUGGAAUAUCUCCGGAUUCAACCAACAGCAAUCACCAUGGGGACAGAGAAGUGUCUCACCUUUCUCGAACCAAACCAAUCCAUUCAAUGAUAAUUUUGUUCCAAAUAGUACAUCUGUGAGUGCAUCAAGCAGCACUCAAGGCUUCAAUAGCAGAAGUGCUACACAGUUGCAAAGGCAUUUACCGACGGGGCUUAAAACUUCUGCCAAGGAUACAGGUUUCAGUUCCCCAUUAAUAACUCUCUCACCUGAAAAUACUCUACAGCGUAAUAAGGAUGGUAAAGUGGAGAUGUCAACUUACAGUAUGGAUCUUGAGGGACUAGAUUUUACCGCCCCGAGUUCAAAUUUAGGUGCUCAAAAACCUCUCAGUUCUUCAACUGAGGAAAUGUCAUCAAGCACUCAAAAGUCAGUGUACCCAGAUUAUAGCCAUGUGUUUAAUGAAAUUCGAAGGGAACAAAAUGUAAGUAAUGUGACACAGUUAAAUUCUUGUUACAAUAUGAAUCCCCCUAAAACUUCAAGUGUUAAUUAUUUAAACCCCUCUAAAACACAAACCGUGACUUCCACUGUAAAUUAUGGAUGGAAUAUGUCAUAUCUGUCUGGGAGUAGUCAACAAAAUUCUGGGAAUAAAUUUGAUACAUCAUGGCAAGGGAAUUCAGGGACUCAGACUCAGUCCAAGAACCGGUUUUCUAGUUACCAGCCUACGUUUAGGUCCAACUGGACUUACCAGAGUCCACGUCCAACUUACAAUGCGUGGGGAUAUAAUCCAAGCUUUAUCAUGCCAGCAGCAUCACCAACGUUGUUUCCAUCUUUAUCCCAAGUCUCUAGUAGCAGUGACUUUGAUGAUUUGCGUUCUCGUAAAGAAGAAGAAACCGAAGAGGAGGAGUCCGAUAUUUUUGAAAAUGAAAUCGUACCACAGAGAGAUUUUGUGGAAGAGAACCAGUCUCGUUCUAGGACUUCUAGUGAUUUAAUAGAAUUCGAAGAGCCAGAAGAACAGGAGUACAUGUCAUUGGAUUUAUUUGAUCCUCUAUAUUCUAGAACUCGUAGGGAGUCGAUUAUUUAUCGGAGAAACUCUAUCUCAGGGGAAAACGAUGUGUUAAAAAAUACUGAAGGUCACGUGGAUUUUUCUGAAUUGGAGCGUCCACAGACAGGACUGUAUCCCGCUAUUCCAGAGGAAGCCAAAGAUUCGGAAACUUCUCGGGAAAGUGUUUAUAGACCUGAGCAUAGUGAUACGUUGUCUAGCACUGAUGCUCUGGAACUAUUUUUGAGAUCUAGUCAUGUGGAGGAACAGGUAGAAGAAACCAAGCCCGACAUCCCAGAACGUCCACCUCCAGUAUUGCCAAGAACAGCAUCGACUCAUGAGGGACCAUAUGAGAAACUUCAUAAACGAGUGUUUGUUGAUGAAGAGUCCGAGACAUUUAGUCAGAUGGUGUCCAAAUUGAAGUCAAAAUUUAGUUCCAAAGACCCCUCGGUCAACAGAGGUUAUGUCGUAAGUGCGUUUUGUGAAAUACAGCAGCCCUCCAUGUCUGUCAAGAUUUCCAUUCAUUCUGAUUACUCGGUGGAUCCUGUCAUUUUUACUUGUGAUGUUCAUUGUAAUGUAGAACAUGUGAUUGGUAAUGUCCUAUAUAAUCAUAUACAGUCCGAGGGCUGCAGUGCUGAUGACUUUGUCCUUAAAGUCUACGAUAAGUCUGAGUAUCUACUCAAUGAUCAUCCCCUAUCAGAGUAUGAGUAUGUCCACAAUUGUUUGAAGCUUGAUAAGGACAUCAGAUUUAUCAUGCUGAGGAAACAGGAUAUUCCUUUACCAUUCCUUAGAACAGCUGAUGAUGAUGAUCAGUUUCUGGUGUUUCCUAAGGAUUACAUGUCAGCCUCAGAGGGAGUGGUAUCCCAGAUACAACUAGAGACUCUUAUGAACACUUUCUAUAGAGAAUUAGAAAGCCUAAUGGAUCAUAUAUUAAAGAACAGCAUAGCUCAGGUCCACACCACUGGAUUAAGCCAGUCUGUGAAGGCCAUCUGUACAAUAUUAGCCAACAUUCAGACUAUUGAGGUCACCAGGUGUCUGAAGAGAGCAGAGGAUAUUUUUCAACAAAUGUUAGAGAAUCAGAAA